UGUCACAGUUUUUCUACAGAGAGGGGAAAAAUAAAAGACCAUAUUUGACAAAAGUUCAAACAAAAAGAUGAAUCCAUCAUUCUCAUUACCCUCCUUCUUCAUUGUUUUUCUUGUUCUCAACUUUCAUAAUGUAAAUGGUGAUUUAAUUAAGGAUGUAUGCAAGAAUGCUUCCAAAAACACGCCUCCAGUCAAAGAGUUCAAAGUUGAAUAUGAUUUCUGUGUCGCAUCUCUGAUGGCAAACCCUAAGAGUAAAGAUGCUGAUCUUCGUGGACUCGGAAUAAUAUCAAUGCAGACAUGUCUACAAAAUGCAACUUCUGUUCAUUCUUAUAUCGCUCAACUCUUGAAAGACCGAAAAACACAACCGAUUGCAAAGUCAUCCAUAAGGAGUUGUUUACAUGAAUAUCGGGGUGCUAUUCGUUCUGUUAAAAAAGCUACUGCAAGUUUUAAAACUAAAGAUUUCAGUAGUGCAAAUAUACAAAUGAGUGCUGCCAUGGAAGCUUCAAUUCUGUGUGAAUAUGAGUUUGAGGAAGUUCUUCUUGGUCCCGCUUUGCCUUCUCCAUUGACCAAACAAAAUGGCGAUUUCUUUCAGCUGACUGGAAUUUCUCUUGCCAUUACUAAUAUGGUAAAAUAAUCUAUUUGUUUCAUGCACUUGAUAUGGUGCAUUGCGUAUUGAGUUUAUUUUAAAUAAAGGAAAAGUUUUGAUUUUUUUUAUAUAAUAUUUGAAUUUGUUCUC